CAGUGCCUCGGGUUCUGGCGCCUGGGGAGGUUGGCUGAAGGUUUCGUCUGCUGAGCCGUUGGGUCAGUUUCGUGGGAGAAUGGUGAAUAAAUGGGAGAAGGAUCAGGUUACGAACCGAAAAGACUUUAGCGGCAGGUUAUGCAAGAGGUUUCUGGGGGCAGAUUCAGAGUUGCCUCCUGUAUUCUCCGUUGAUUCCAGAAUCCUCUGCACUUCAGCCCUCGCAGGAGAACCAUGCCAAAACCCCGGAAGAGGCUGGCUGGGACUGCCGAGGCUGCUGGGCCAGGAUAAAGUCAUCUCUGCAUGUCUACAAAGUCAAGAACUAGCUGUUUUAUCCAACUUCUGGCACCUUCAAGGAGCUGAAAGGAGGCAGGCCACAAAGCACAACAACAAGGGGCCAGCAGAAAAACGUACCAAGACUAAGAACCCAGCAGGGGCAUCGUCUAAAGUGGUUAACUCCAACCCUCAGGAGACUUCAGCCUCUAAAAACUGUGGGAAGAAUCUAAGUAGUUACUGGCUGAUGAAGUCAGAGCCAGAAAGCCGACUAGAGAAAGGUGUAGAUGUGAAGUUCAGCAUCGAGGAUCUUAAAGCACAGCCCAAGCAGACGGCAUGCUGGGAUGGUGUUCGCAACUACCAGGCCCGGAACUUCCUUCGAGCCAUGAAGCUGGAGCAAGAAGCUUUCUUCUACCAUAGCAACUGCAAAGAGCCAGGCAUUGCAGGACUUGUGAAGAUUGUGAAGGAAGCUUACCCAGACCACACACAAUUUGAGAAAAACAAUCCCCAUUAUGACCCAUCCAGCAAAGAAGACAACCCCAAAUGGUCCAUGGUGGAUGUUCAGUUUGUUCGGAUGAUGAAGCGCUUCAUCACCCUGGCUGAGCUCAAAACCCAUCACCAAGCUCACAAAGCUACUGGAGGCCCCUUAAAAAAUAUGGCUCUCUUCAGUCGCCAGAGACUCUCAGUUCAGCCCUUGACCCAAGAGGAGUUCGAUUUUAUUUUGAGCCUGGAGGAAAAGGAACCAAGUUAAGUGGGACACUGUUGCUGGAAUAGGCAAGACAUUAUUCCAAAGAAGUCAAGCUUUUGUACGACAGAAGGAGGUGUGAGGAGGCUUUUUUUGUCAUGUUCACCUGGGGUUGUGUACGUAGGUGAUUUUCAUGUACCUUUUCCAAUAAAACGUUAAUAUCAAA